AUGCUCCAUGCUCAGAAAACUAUCUUAGCGCGAGAAACCUUCAAGUUCCGGUAUCAUGGUGUAACUUCUGUUGGUUUCCGCCGCUCCAUAGUCAGACCCGCGUUGUGUUUUUGCAUGCAGCCAGAAAAUCUACCAUGGACUCAAAGGACAUUCGCAUCGGCCGCAGAGGGAUUGACUAGGGACGAGAGCCGUAUUGCUCACCACCAGUUCCAAGAUAUUGCCUCCAUGACUAGAACAUCUAAUUUAGAUAAAGAUUCAUCGCCGACCACCUCCGACUCAUUCCUACAGGGAGGGGCGGCCAACUACAUCGACGAGAUGUUUAGGUCAUGGAAACAGGAUCCAGAGUCUGUUCAUGUCUCUUGGAGGACAUACUUCCGCAACAUGGAAGACCGGUCAAGGCCCGCAUCUGAGGCGUUCCAGCCACCACCAGGACUUCUAUCCUCUCGUCAACCGUUGGCCGCACCCGGGCUUGACUCCAGCCAGACAGCCGAGGUGUUGCUGCAUCUCAAAGUCCAGCAUUUGGUGCGUGCUUAUCAGUCCCGGGGACACUACCAUGCCAAAACAGAUCCCUUGGGUGAACGGGCCAGUGCCUUUCACGUGGGUGGUCUCGCACGCGCCGUCGAGCUUGAGCCAUCUUACUAUGGAUUUACUGAGAAGGACAUGGACCGCCAUUUCAACCUCGGCCCCGGCAUACUUCCUCGCUUCGCAACGGAGACCAAAAAGUCAAUGAAGCUACGCGACAUUAUAUCGGCCUGUGAACAGAGGUACUGCGGCAGCUAUGGAGUUGAGUUUCUGCACAUCCCAGACCGUGCCAAGUGUGACUGGUUAAGGGACCGUCUUGAGAUACCCAACCCGACAAAGUUCUCGUUAGAGGAGAAACGUCGAAUUCUUAAUGGCCUCAUCUGGGGGACGUCUUUUGAACGAUUUCUAGCUGCAAAGUUUCCCAACGAGAAGCGUUUCGGCUUGGAUGGCUCUGAAGGACUCGUCCCUGGUGUCUUGUCAAUGAUUGACCACAGCGUUGACGUCCAUGGUGUGCGAGAUAUCACGAUUGGCAGCUGUCAUCGCGGGCGCCUGACCAUGCUUGGUACUGUGUAUGGAAAGGCACCAGAAGCGAUAUUUGCUGAAUUCGCUGGGCGGGUUCGCUCGGACAUGCUGCGAAACAUGGCUGGUGAUGUCAAGUACCAUCUUGGCCACCAGGGCCAGCGGAUCUCCCCAGAUGGGCAUACUGUGGAUAUUUCUGUUCUUGCGAACCCCUCGCAUCUCGAGGCUGUUGAUCCCGUUGCCACAGGCCAGGCAUUUGCAAAACAGCGAUUGAACAACGACCUGGAGAAGAAGAGGAACAUGUGUGUCACUCUUCACGGCGAUGCUGCUAUUGCAGGACAGGGCGUUGUGUACGAGACUCUCGGCCUAUCCCGCCUACCGGCCUAUGAUGUAGGUGGCACAAUUCGGCUUGUUGUUAACAAUCAAGUUGGAUUCACUACGGAUGUUCAUUGUUCCAGAUCAACUCCUUAUGCAUCAGACAUUGCCAAGGUUGUUGAUGCGCCCAUAUUCCAUGUCAAUGCUGAUGACGUAGAGUCGGUUGUCUUCCUCUGCAAACUAGCGGCUGACUGGCGGGCAACGUUUCAUACCGACUGCGUUGUAGAUAUUAUCUGCUACCGGAAGUUUGGCCACAACGAAUUCGACCAGCCCAGCUUUACACAGCCUCUGAUGUACCAGAAGGUUGCUGCACAGACACCGUCAUUAGAGAAAUAUGCCCAGAAGCUAGUGUACGAAGGCUCGUUCACGAUAGAAGAGAUCGAUGCUGAGCGCGAGAUUGUGUGGAACCGUCUGAAUGAUAUAUACGACACCAGCAAGGAGUUCGUCUCGUCUCGGGAAGUUUUCACAGCCCCAUGGCAGAGUCUAAAGUCUCCGGAGAGUCUGAAGAACCAUAUCCUACCGCCCGCCACCACGGCCAUUGACCAAACGAUCGUUGAGCAGGUGGCUACCAAGGCUCUAAGCGUUCCAAGUGGUUUCCAACUACAUAGCAACUUGGAACGAAUCCUUGCGGGUCGCAAGAAGGCCCUGGACAACGGAACAGUCGACUGGUCUACCGCAGAGGCAAUAGCCUUCGGAAGCCUAUGUCUGGAGAACUAUCCAGUACGUCUUACAGGGCAGGACGUCCAACGGGGAACAUUCUCACAGCGCCAUGCUGUGCUACACGACCAGGAGACUGGCGAGUCUUGGACACCCUUGAACAAUCUUUCCCCGAAACAGGCACGAUUCGAGGUCGAGAACUCACCAUUGAGUGAGUUUGGUGCCCUGGGCUUUGAGUACGGCGUGACAUUGGCCGAUCCUCACUCACUCGUUAUGUGGGAGGCUCAGUUCGGGGAUUUCGCAAAUAACACACAGGUCAUCAUUGACAAUUUCAUUGCCAGUGGCGAGACAAAAUGGCUUGACCGGUCUGGCCUAGUCCUCUCUUUGCCUCACGGCUAUGAUGGACAAGGCGCCGAGCACUCCUCUGCCCGCAUCGAGCGCUUCUUGAUGCUCUGCUCGGAGGAGGGUAGGUUAUAUCCAUCUGAACCUGAGCGUGCUCAUCAAGAUGCCAAUAUGGGAUUGGUCUACAUGACUACGCCCGCGAAUUACUUUCACGUUUUACGUCGGCAGAUGGCAAGAGAGUACAGAAAGCCACUGGUCAUCUUUUUCUCAAAGUCGCUUCUUCGCCACCCCUUAACACGCUCUGAUAUUGCUGACUUCACUGGCUCAUCAACAUUCCAACCAGUCAUCGCUGAUCCUGAGCACGGCCACUCGAUUGAGGACCCAGAAUCCAUCCAGCGCGUUGUUCUCUGCUCGGGACAAGUAUAUGCAGCGAUCCAGAAGCAUAGAGAAGCGGCAGGCAUCAAGGACGUGGCCAUCACGAGAAUAGAGGAGCUUCAUCCCUUCCCCUGGGCCGAGGUAAAAUCCAUUCUUGAUCAGUACAAGAAUGCCAAGACGAUUGUUUGGGCACAAGAGGAGCAAUACAACGGUGGAGCGUGGCAUUAUAUGCGCGAUCGAUUAAACGCAGUCCUUGACGAGACAGACCACCUUGCUGGACGUCGCGUGCUCUUUGCGGGUCGUGGAACAAGCGCCAGCCCGGCUACAGGUCUCAAGCAUCUUCACUAUGCUGAGGAGAAAGCACUCCUUGAUGAUGUGUUCAAUGUUCUGAAGUAG